AUGUCCGCCUCUCCCCACCUCACCGAGUCCUUCACAAACCCCGAGGGUUAUACCUUUCCUCAUGGUCGUCUCUCCACCGUCCUCCAAAAUCCCAACAAAACUCCAAUCGUCCUCGUAGCAUGCGGUUCCUUCAGUCCAGUCACUUAUCUCCACCUCCGCAUGUUCGAGAUGGCCAAGGACUAUGUCAGGCAAAAUACCGAUUUCGAGAUCCUAGGCGGUUACCUCAGUCCUGUGAGCGACAUGUACAAAAAACCUGGGUUGCUUAGUGCUCGCCAUCGCGUGAACAUGUGUACGUUGGCUGCUGAGGAUUCGGAUACAUGGUUAAUGGUUGAUCCAUGGGAGGCUUUCCAAUCGUACCAACGAACAGCCAUCGUGCUCGACCACUUUGAUCAUGAAAUCAACACCGUUCUUGGUGGCGUACAGACUGCAUCUGGGGAAAAGCGGAAGGUUCGCAUUAUGCUCUUGGCCGGUUCUGACCUCAUUGGAACCAUGAGCGAGCCAGGGGUCUGGAGUUAUUCUGAUCUUGAACACAUUCUCGGCCGCUAUGGCUGUUUGAUUGUGGAGCGUGCUGGUACUGGGAUGGAUCAAGCUACUGAUAAUCUUGCUCGCUGGCGAAGCAAUAUAUACCUGAUCUCACAAUUGAUCCAAAAUGAUGUAUCGAGCACCAAGGUUCGCCUUUUCCUAAGAAGAGGUUUAUCGGUUCGUUAUCUCCUGCCCAACUCGGUGGUAGACUACAUAGAACAGAACGGACUGUAUCAAGACGAGACGACUUCCAAUCUAUCAGCAAACUCUAACCCAGACAAGGGAAAGGAAAGGGAGCCUGUAGCAGGGGCAUCAAAGAAAGAAGUUCAUUGA